UACUUUUACCCUACGCUCUUAGCAUACAAUUGUAUGUUCUCAGAGUUCAGAGCCAGUACUUCUGUUCAUUUCUAGGUUUUCUAAAUAAUCGCUCUGAUAGAUCACCAGUAACGGCAUCGGUUGUAUUUGUAUGACUAAACAUAAGGAGGGUCGUCAAAGUACUUCGUUGUUUCGUCUUCUGAACUUUGAACUUUUCGUCAAACCAAAUAAGGUCGUAAUAUCUUUUGGGUUAUCUGCAAUAACUGGGUGUGUCGCAUAUCUGGCCUACCUUAAUUUGACUCAUCAGCGUUCUCAGGAUCUUGCAGCAAGUAGCAACAUCAAGAUGCCACUCUACAACACAGUAUUGUAUAUUCCUCCCAUUGAACCCCCAAGAAUCACUGAUUUCGACUCCAGCGCUUCUCACAUUAACGACGAUAGAAUUAAAAUUGCUGAAGUAGAAGCUUGUUUUGGAGAAUUUGAGGCACAACUUUCUAAGUUUUGCCAUUGUAGUCAAUCGAAUGAUGUUCAUACUCCAUGUUGUGUGCCUGGAGCUGGAAAUUUUACACAUCCAGUGAAUGAAAGAUACCUACGUCGUACUGUAGAUGAACAAUUAAGAGAUCUUACACUUGAAGGUGAACGUAAUCGAACACGUGUUGAUCGCGAUCCUCAGAAUAGUAAUUUUGAUCGAAACUCAAUUUCCAUCUUACAUCGACGUGGAAGAUUUGACUCACACAGAGCUCAGGAUUCUGUUACACAAUCCUCAAGUGAGCUACCUCAAAAUUUUAACGAAUCCAUGACUGCAGGCGGAAUAGCUGAGGCGGAAAGCAGUGAUAAUUUUCUUGUGGAUGAAGAAGAAGCAGAGGCUACAGUUGCAACAGAAGAAGAACUUGAUGCCACGGAAUAAACCUUCUCGAUCUUUAUUAUUUCGAAUUAUUAAGUGUUAUUAUUCCCAUUUUGGGAAAUCCCCCAACUGAUGCUCAUGUCAGAGAUGUAAAUAUAUAUGUAGUAACUUGUUAUUAUGUUAUUGCUUCAUCUUCCAAUCUGUAGGUCUUCAGACCAACUGGACUUCAUAGUUUGAACUUUUUCGUAAGUUAUUACAAAUUCAGUGUCUCCUUCUUUUUCAUAAUAGACUUAAGUAAAACGUAGUUAGCAUAUAUUUCUUUGUGUUUCAGUUAACUCACAGUUAUUGUAUGUCACAACAAAUAGGACUUCAUAGGUGUUCAAAUAUUCAUUGGAGAAACAAUUUUUUAAUAUGUGACCAUCAACGACUUCUUUUCUGAUGACCAGUUGCAUUACUGUUCACUUCAAAUAGGAAUGUAAAAAAAGCAUUACAUCUAACACUCUUGAUAGAGUAAAAAGUCGAUCUAAUUUUGUCACUAGUUAGCAAAUAGGCAACUUAUAGUUUAUUUUUUAAUUAUUUGUCAUGAAAUGUUUAUUUCAUGAAUAAUCCAUUAGACAUGAUUUUCAGGAUUGUAAGAGGUUCUAGGAAUUACAAGGUUAUAUUAUAACCUUAUAUAAAGAACUUAAUACAGUGGAUAAUGUUAAAGGAAUGUUGCUUGCUUUGUGACAAUCAUUUUUAUCCUUGGUUAGUUAUUUGUGAUUUGUUAAGUAACUCUUGAUCGUAAUAUACA